GAAAAAAUGGUCAGAUUGUGGGUGGUAGCACUACAGGCAAAUUAGGAUCUGUUUCUGGUUACAGGCAUGCCGCAUAUCGGUGGUUUCAGAUAUAGCAGCUGUGGUCAAGUGAACAUGAUCACCUCCUAAUACAAUACAACAUUUACAGUAUACAGAGCCUCUCCUGUCCCCAGGCAUUGCACACCAGGCGCAUGGGAAUCAGAGCUCUGCAUCUCAAUAGUAACGUUCCACCUAAAAAAACAAAGAAUCCUACGGAGAUGGCAGAUAUUAACCGGAUCUGCUCUCCGAUGGCGGUGUUUGAGGAAGACUUGAGGGAGGACCCAGCCACUGUGGAGAAGAAGAGAGCAGGCCAGCAGGAAGUGGUCAGCUCACCAGCGCCAUGUCUAAUGGGCUCGAUUGACAAAGUGAAUGAAAAGAUUGCUCAUCUCCACCUUCAGUUGCUGCGUUGUUCCAGCCAGCCAUCACCACCGGUAAUCCCAGAUACAGAUGAAAAGUCAAAGAAACAGAUCUCCUUGAGGUCCAAAUGGGAAGCGACUAAGGAGGAUAGACAGAGGGCGCUCCAGAAUAAAGUCACAGUGAGGGAUGAGAAGGAACUGAACAAGUUCGCUCGAAGAUACCAAGAGCACUCUACACACGCCCUGGGGCUGGAGAAUCAGUCACAGACCAGUCUGAGGACCCUGAAGAGGACCAAGGAAAAACCAAAGCUGGUCGAGCUACAGCAGUACCCCGGCUUUACCAUUGGGGCACCAACUGCUCUGCCCAACGGCACCUCCCUCGACGACGUUGUCAAACAUGUCAUACAGGCCCAGGAAAAAAUAGGAAGAAAGCCGAAGUACCAGGCGGAGUUCAGGCGCCUGUUGAGCUCCUCAGUGACACGCACUAUACUUCUGGACACUUUCUGGUGGUUCUUCCUCCAGAACUACCAGUCUGAGCCGCACACCCAGGAGAAGCUGUUCUUCCGGAUUUCAGAGAGUUACGUCCGUCUCCUGACCCAGAGCCCCUCCUCUCCAUAUGGAGACCUCUUCCUGAAGGAGUUCCCCAGGACCCUGAGCCAGGCUGUCUAUUCCUGCUUCUGCUGCAGCUUUCCCCAAUCCUGGCACCAGUUCUACUGCCAGUCCUUCUUAUCACAGCUGUGCGACACUGCCUUCCAGUGGACUGGAGGUAUCCGUCCCUCCCCUGAGGUCCACAGCAGAUGGAAUUUCCUGGCUCUGGAACCUGAGGGAGUGAGGAAGGAGGAGAUUUUUUCUGGGAAUGACAAGCACAACAGGGGGGCUGGAUCGCCCAUGUCUUUCUUGAGCUCUACGUUGUCCGGUUCAGUCCUGCCCUCCCUGCCCUCCUGCGGAAGACUGGCGCACCAGCAGAGCUCCCCGCUGGCACGGCUGCGCAGCAAGAGCUCUCAGCACUGUGCCAGGAUCUCCAGUCAGGUAUCAAUGAACUCUGCCUCCUCAGCACAAGGAACCCCCAGCUGCGUUCCUAUGACAGCAGAUACCAAUAGAAAGGCUAGUGGGGGUCUGAAGGCAUCACAGAAUGAAGGCAUGCAUCACAAACCUAAGAGAGAGUCUCUCCCAGCAGGUCCUGGUCCAGAGUUCAUGAAGAGUGUGUUUAACCUGUGGGGCUACAGCCCCCUGGUGCAGUGCUACUUCCGCAACCAGAAGAUGGAUAUCCGUGCCGGGAUGGACAUCUUGGUGCAGAGAACUGAGAUCCUGAACCUGCCACCAGCAGACUCAACCACAUACUGGGAGAUCGUGAUACAGAAUCACCACCGCAGGAGAACACAGGGAGAAGCUUUCAGAGCACAGCAUUCCCAACGCCUGAGAGAACUCGCUGCACUCCACCGCAAACACCUAGCAGAGAGGGAUCAGUUUAGCAGGAAAGUGAAGAAGUUGCUGUCUCAGAAAUACGAGAUCAAAAGAUUGAGUGAGCUGUUGUAUCCUGAUCAUAAAUGGGAGAUUGAGUGGGAAACUGAGUUCCCAGAAGAGUUGGCGUUGGCUUUUGAAGAAGCUCUCCAGGCGCAAGACUGACAGCAGGCAUGCAGUACUGAGAGUCCUGACUGUACUUACCAGCAGCACAGACCAAUAAGCAAUUGAGGAGGACAGGAGUGUACUGUUUAAUAAAUGGGAAACUGGGUCAAUCACAUUAAUAUUAAAAGUGUCACCAGGUUAUUUACACAUUAGUAGUCAGCUGUGGUAUAACAAGUCAAGGUUGUAGCUUACAAAAUACUUUCAUUAAUCUUAGUUAUUGUUCCCUUCCAUUCACUGUAAAGAUCUCAAAUGUGCAGUUUGAUACUAAGCCUGGCAGUUCCUUCAGGGUCAAGCAUCUUUACUGGCUGCAAAGCAUGCCAUUGGGAGCAGGUUUCUAACAGGGUUCUGAAGGGGUGGAGUCAGUUUCACUCUCCAGGUGAAAUGACCACGUGCAAGGCUAUCAGAAGUUAGGCCUGCAAACAGAUUUAUUUACCUGGUAUUGCACCAGAUAUCAUGUUUCUUUAAUGUUAUUUAUUAUUAUUAUUAUUAUUAUUAUUAUUAUUAUUAUUAUUAUUAUUAUUAUUAGACAUCUGUUACACAACUGUUUCUAUUAUUAUUUAUUUUAUUAUUAUUUAUUUCUUAGCAGACGCCCUUAUCCAGGGCGACUUACAAUUUUUACAAGAUAUUACAUUAUUUUUACAUACAGUUACCCAUUUAUACAGUUGGGUUUUUACUGGAGCAAUCUAGGUAAAGUACCUUGCUCAAGGGUACAGCAGCAGUGUCCUCCACUGGGGAUUGAACCCACGACCCUCCGGUCAAGAGUCCAGAGCCCUAACCACUACUCCACACUACUGCAAGUUUCUAACUUGACUUUUUGUGGGUUUUUUUCAUGUACUGUGGUUUUUUAUUGUUCAUACAAUUUAAUGGAUUUAUUUGAUAAUACAAUAGUACUAUAGUACUAUUUUCUGAGAUUGCAAAUCUUGGUAUUAAGAACAUAAGAACAUAAGAAAGUUUACAAACGAGAGGAGGCCAUUCAGCCCAUCUUGCUCGUUUGGUUGUUAGUAGCUUAUUGAUCCCAGAAUCUCAUCAAGCAGCUUCUUGAAGGAUUCCAGGGUGUCAGCUUCAACAACAUUACUGGGGAGUUGGUUCCAGACCCUCACAAUUCUCUGUGUAAAAAAAUGCCUCCUAUUUUCUGUUCUGAAUGCCCCUUUAUCUAAUCUCCAUUAUUAAAGUACUAGAGUUAACAAAAUAAUUCCAGUAAAUCCUAUCUAAUACAAAUUACCAUUACUUUGUAAUGUCACUUUUACUUAAAAAAAAACAACUUUGCGCUGGCCCUGGGGCCCUGUGUGUCAGUAACCUCUUUCCCAUUCACUAGCUUAUCAUUAACAAACUGAACAAAGAGAGCAAGUAAAAUACAAAGGCAGACAAGCCAAUAUUACAGAAAUGUACUUUGACUAGUUUUGAAGCAAUAAAUCACUUGUUUUCUGAAUGAAUUGUCUGCUGGUUCUGUUAUU